UCCAACGAACGAUAGACACAUUUAACAGACUAUAAAAUAUUGACUAUUAAAUAAUAAAUAAUAAUAACCAUAUUUCUUCCAAAAGGAACGUUUCUAUUGGCAUAAGAUUUGAUUAAAUUAAAAUGCGCGAAACGGGCAUAUUUGAUUUGCCAAACGAGUGCUUCUAUGAAAUAUUUAAGUGCGUGAAAAACAACUGCGAGAGAGAGAAACCAUUUGCAAAUGACCAAAUCAAGUAUGCCGAUUUUAUUAGUUUGGCCGCUUGCAGCAAGCUCCUUGGGAAUCUGAUCUAUGAAUGGAACAUGGAUCUAUUUUUCGGGCUUCCAGAUUUUUGUCGCCUAGGGAUGAAGAAAAAUGACAUCGACAUUUCCCGUAUGAUUACCGGAUUAAAGAACAAGUCAGCAAUUGACAAGAAAGCCUUUUCCUCUAGUUUUGAUGACGCCAUCGACCUUGAAAAUAUAUGCAUCGCUUUGAAGAACACGCCAGCAAGGGACAAGGAAGCCUACUGGAUCUCCUUCAGUCCCCUCCUCAAGGAUUGGCCAAAUUUGACUGAAGUCGCAUUGCGUUAUGCUCCAGAAUCAUUCCACAGUGAUCUCAUGGAAGUAUUUCGCACUGUGAUGGAUCUACUCCAAAACAAGCCAAAUCUGAAAGAGUUGGACAUUGAUGUAACGGGCUACACCCUAGAGGGUCUAGGAAGCAUUACAACCCUCGAGAAACUUUGUUUGAAUGUUCGGAUGGAUAUUGAUGAUUUGGUUGAAAUCUGCCGCCUGAACAAAAACUUGCGCGUUCUGGUGUACAUGAAUAAUGAAACGGGAGGAAAGAGGCUGGCCGCGAUCGCUCCGCACUGCGAACAGUUGGAAUAUCUCAACUUCAGAAUGAGACCCGAAUGCGAUGCAAGCGAGUAUAGGCCUCUGGCUAAGCUUCCCCGACUGAGGCAAUUACAAAUCGAAGGCGUUCACGAGAAGGGCACUCUACAGCCUCUGUUGCACGGAUUCGCCUGCAAUGAGAGCAAAGCCCUCGAAAUGUUAUUCAUAGAGGAUUCACCGAUGGACCAAGGAGAAAUGCAGGCACUGUCUCAGAUCGACACAUUAGCUUAUGUGAAGUGUAGACUGGACGAUCCCCGGGACAUUGGGCUUUUGUCCCAGCUGCCCAAUCUUCAGUUCUUGGGGAUACCGUCAGAAUUCGACUUUGGGACAAUUUCGGAGAAAGUUCUGAGCAUUCUUAUUCAGUCCAAGGAGGAAAUGUUAAUUGAUCUAGUCAAUUCGAGAAUAUUAUUCAUAUCACAGCCAACUUUCAAUUCACUUUCAAUUUAUUUGAAAGAGGAGAGUGCGAGUUCCUCGGACUACAGUAGACUUUCGACUCUGCCAGGUUUGUCUUCGCUUAAAAUUGAGGGAUUGUUCACAGAUUGUUCCUUGGCACCGAUUCUCAAUGGAUUCAUUGAAUCGAACUUGACGGAUUUAUCGUUGAUAAAUAUCAAGGCUGAGGAAGUGGCAGCAGUGUCUCAAAUCGUUUCGCAGCUACCCGUUCUCGAAGGAUUGACUAUUUCAUCUGUUCCAACUUUCCAAGGAUCCCUCCAGUGCCUCCUGGCUGCUCUGGCCUCGAGGCCGUCGCAGACGCUUCAAAAGCUUUGCUUAUUGGAAGGUAGGAUUGAUACCGAGGAGGCAAACGAACUCAUCCGUAUAAGAUCUUUGCGAACUUUGGAAUGCCAGUUUGCAUAUCCUCAGGACAUUCAGCUCCUGUCUGGACUAACCGAACUCGAAGACCUGUCUCUGAAUGCGAAUGAAAUGCUUGGCAAGAUAUCGCCUGGGAUCCUUACAACUAUAAAGUCCUGCAGGAAGUUAGCCAGAAUUGAUAUAGAUACUAAACACAACCAGAUGAGUUCCGUUCCUGUGGACAUGACAUCCUCUGAGAUCUUUGAUCUUUUAAAGGCUUGUCAGGGGAGAAUUUGUGUACGCAUCAACUACGGGACAAUAGCCUUCGAUCGGGACGAAAAGAUAUUAUGCUUUUCAAUGGAGAUCUUUACAGAUAAUACCAUUGCGAUAGAACGUUUAGCCCACCUUGAACCUGUACAUCAUAUCAAAAUAUAUCACGAUGAACCUGGAUCAUUGAGAGAAUACUUUGCCGCCCUAGCGAGGAGAACUCAUCACACUCUGAGAAGUCUGUCCAUACUCUCCGACUGCCUGGUCGACUUUAGUGAAGCCACGGAAUUGGAGAAGAUUACUUCAUUGAGGGCCUUCCAUGGCAAACUCUCUGAUGAACGACGUUUCCAGCAUUUACUGGAUUUAAAUGAUUUCCAAGAAUGCCUCACCACUUUCAAAAAUAUACCUUAUUGGAAAAAGUGGAAACGUACACAUUAGAAACCAGAAGGAAUGCUGGAACAUUUGCAUUCCAUCUUCAUAUUUUUCCUGAUUUUCCACACAUACCCAUGAAUCUAAAAAAAACACGAAACUUAAAUUGAAACCUAUAUUAAGUGAUAUAAAUGUUUGUUGAGGUUUAUUAUUUAGUUUUUAAUCAAUUUUCUUUUCAUUACGACCUUACUAUUUUUUAACUGGAAUAUGAAUGUAAUGUAUGAAAAAGUGUGCUGGUAUCCACACGAUUUUGUGAAAUGCUCCAACUAGGAGGCUAGGAAGUACCACUUCAUAUGGACUGGAACUCAUAGGGAUCAACCCAACAUUCCCAAUACUGCAGCCUAGUAGAAGUGUUGCUCUCAAGUUGCGGCUCAAGUCAUUUUUCUUGGAUAAUGGUCCAGGGUAUUGUGGUCCCCUCUAUGGCUAUUUCUAUUUUUGUUUAUAGUUUUCUAUUUCUA